AUUCCAGUCGUGUUUCCUGCCAGGCAUCGCCGCUACAGUUCCUACAGUGAAGAAUAAAAUUCCAUUCUACUUUUUCAUGCUGUCUUUGUAUCAGACGUGAAGAAGUCCUACAAAUUUCGGAGAGAUCACAUAGGAGAUAUUGCUCAACAAGGCAGGAAGCAAGAACAAAAGGUUUAGCAUUGAUAGCUGUUUUUCAAUACAUGAGGGGCUGUCACAAAAAAAAUUAGGGAGUCAACUAUUCCCCAAAAUACUUGAGUCUAGGACAAGAUGUAAUGGGUGGAAGCUCAUUAAAGAGACAUCCACCCUACAACUAAGGAAAAAAUUCCUGACAUUGAGAACGAUCAAUCAAUGGAAUAGCUUGCUUUCCAGAAUUGUAAGUGCUCCAUUGCUGAAGACCUGGACCAGGACGGUGGAAGGUCUCCUGCCUAGAGUAAGGGGCUGGACCAGAGGUUUGUUGAAAUGGGGUAUAAAUAAGAGAAAAAGAUUGGUAACAAUGUUUGCAGAGAUUCUCGGUCAGCGAGGUCAUAGUUGUGCCAAAGGACAACUGGCUGGCCCCGCCCACCCCAUCCCGCCCCUCCCAGGAGUCCCCACGUGGCCCGUUUUGGAUGCAGACUCUUACAGUUGCAAAGUUUCACUCCCUGAAUGAACUUUUCUGAAUGGCCGGCCCCUUGGUUUCCUGGAUUUACUAUCUCUGCAGGGAAAGAUGUCCUCGUGCUCUCUUUUCUCUGCUGUGGAACAUGGUUCUUCUAGACCCACAUUUACGUUAAACAACUGCAGGAGAUGUCCAGGACUGAAAUCCAUUUAACCAGGUUAGCCAGGUCUGAAGACUCUCGGGAACAGCUCAACUAAUAAUUCCGGAUAGAGAUAAGUUCUCAUAGAAGCCGAGCAUCCUCUCUGUUUGGCGACGCUUGGAACGGUCGAUUAUGAAUCCGAAAGACCGAUUGGAAGAGACAGAAGGAAGCUCUGUUCCAUUGUGCCUGGCCUGUGGCCAAAGGCAUCUUCCAGAAGAGAACCAUAUAUACACCUACACAGAAGAUGUAGACGAUGACCUAAUCUGCCAUAUUUGCUUGCAGCCUUUAAUUCAGCCUCUGGAUACACCUUGCGGACACACCUACUGUACGGUUUGCCUUACGGAUUUCCUGGUGGAAAAAGACUUCUGUCCCAUGGAUCGCAAAGCUCUAGCUCUACAGAGGUGCAGGAAGUCCAGCAUCUUAGUGAAUAAGAUCCUGGAUAAGCUGAUGGUGAACUGUCCUUUCACAGAACACUGCUCAGAAAUUCUGCCACGCUGUAAUCUUGAACAUCAUUUUCAGAACGGGUGCAGAGGGGCAUCUCAUUAUGGUUUCACCAAAGACAGAAAGAGAUGCUCCUUAGCUGGAUCUGCUGAUUUGAAUGCUGCUUUAACAGUAUCUGCUCUUGGAUCGGAGUUCUCCGCUGCUGCCACAAUUGCCUUAAUGACAGAUGAACCAGGACUCGUGAAUCCUGCCUUCAACGCCAACUUUGAGGACAUCCCGCCAGGAACCGACUCCGCCAAUCUUUAUACAAGACAGCAACCUAGAAGAACCAUGCCUUCACAGUUUGAGCGUUCUACAGUACGAAGCAGGUCUUUUAAAAAGAUAAACAGAGCUUUCAAUGUCCUCCGAAGGACAAAAAGCGGCAGUGCUGUGGCUAACCAUGGCGAACGGGAACGAGAAAACGUCGAAAAUCUGAUUGCUUCAGAGGCAGCCUCUCCAAGAUUAUAUCAUCUCAUUCCAGAUGGUGAAAUCGCCAGCAUUAAGGUCAACCGCAGGAACCCCCACGAAGCUCUUGCCAUUAGAGUCGUGGGGGGCCGCGAAACGCCUUUGAUUCACAUCAUCAUUCAACACAUUUAUCGAGAUGGCAUCAUUUUCAAAGAUGGAAGGCUACUGCCGGGAGAUAUGAUCCUGAAGGUCAACGGCAUAGAUAUCAGAAACGUGCCUCACAGCUAUGCCUCGUUCAUCCUGAGGCAACCUUGUCAAGUUCUCCGUCUCACUGUGCUCAGGGAGCAAAGGUACCAGUGUGGGAAUUCUAGACUUUUCCCUGACGUUCCCUGCUACAGGGAUGAGAAUUUGCACAUUGUUCUGAACAAAAGCAACUCAGAGCAACAGCUGGGCAUCAAGUUGAUCCGUAAAGCCAGCGAGGAUGGAGUCUUUGUGUUCAAAAUGCUGGAAGGAGGCCUGGCUGCCCGUGACGGGCAACUUCGCGAGGACGAUAAGGUUUUAGCCAUUAACGGGCAUGACUUACAGCACGGAAGUCCAGAAAGCGCAGCCCAAUUAAUACAAGCUAGCAAGAAGCAGGUUCACUUCAGCAUUUCCCGAAAAACCAGGCAACACAACCCAGAUAUCUUGCAAGAAACUGGCUGGGAUUGCCACGGUAACCAUCUGCCCCUCCUUCCUGACAAGAAUGCCCUUCAUGCACUUACCUCUCAUGAAAAAGUGGUCACUGUCCGAAAAGAUAAUGCAGAGUCCCUGGGAAUGACAGUGGCAGGAGGUCUAUCUUCAGACAGAGAAUGGAAUCUACCUAUUUAUGUCUUAAGUGUUGAGCCGGGUGGAGUCAUCAGCAGAGACGGCCGAAUAAAAACAGGAGAUAUCCUGCUCAGCGUGAAUGGAAUUGAUCUGACGGGUGUCAGCCGCGGAGAGGCGGUAGCCCAUUUGAAAAAUGUCUCGUCAACGGUUGUGUUCAAAGCACUAGAAUUGAAAGUGUGUGAGACCACAGAAGGAGAAAAUGGAGACGUAUUGCCUAAUGCCAGUUUGACACCCUCCAGUCAGAGUGAGUGGUCACCUUCCUGGGUGAUGUGGCUUGAAUUACCAAGGUCUUUGUACAGCUGCAAAGAAAUUGUGUUGCGAAGAAAUACAGCAGGAAGUCUUGGCUUCAGCAUAGUGGGAGGUUAUGAAGAAAACAGUGGAAACAGGCAGUUCUUUAUCAAAUCCAUUGUGGAAGGGACUCCAGCAUAUAAUGAUGGAAGAAUCAGGUGUGGCGACAUCCUCCUUGCAGUGAACGGCAGGAAUAUCUCAGGAAUGGCGCAUGCCUCUUUGGCAAGGAUGCUAAAAGAACUGAAGGGGAAACUUACUCUCACUCUUGUAUCCUGGCCUGGCACCUUUUUAUAAAGAUGUGUUUCAACUGGAAACAAAUGAAUCUCUGUGUACUUUUUUUUUUUUUUUUGAGUAGCAAAGUAUCGAUGUGCAUUAUGUAAGUAGAACAGUCUUAAAAUGCUCCAAGGUGCAUGUUUGGGGAAAAACAUGCUCUCUUAAAACUAUGAAAAGUUACUGGUGUCAUUCAAGGUACACAACUUACUGUGAAUAUGUUUCAUCCCGGUGUUUUUAUAUCUUAUGUUUCACCUGUUCUUUAGAUAAAGAAAGAAACAACUUUAGCUAAUCUGAAAGUGAUUUCAGAAACCUUGAAGUGAGGAAAUACUUUUCUUAUGAUUACACUUGCUUGACAGCAUCUAUGGAAGACGUAGAAGGCUGGCUGAUGAAUCUAUUAAUUUCCCUUUUUGUGCUCAGUAAAAGCAGUCUUUUUUUAAAAAAACAUUUUUUUCUUUCCAAUACAUUAUAAUUGUGUAUUUUAUUUCUACUAUUAAAUUAAUUGUAAUUUGUAAAGCCAGAUUAAUUUAAUUAAAAAAAGGACAAAAAUACUCAAUUUUGCAUGCAUGAAAUUUUCUAAUUUAUGAAAUCAACCAUUUCUUCCACGUGUUCUGUUUUUCUCAGUGUUUAUCCUUCCAUUUUGGGUUGGGCUCUUCUAAACCAGCAUUCCAAUGGCAAUGGUAAAGAGCAGUAUAAGCAAAGAAUAAAGCCAGAAAGUGCCUGGUUUAUCUACCACGAGCUACCCACAACUGCAUGAUCAAAUACAGGAGACAUUACACCCGGAUACUAUUGACACAAUUCUGGAUUUCUAGCCAAGAUAUGCUAACUUUUUAUUUAAAAUGUUAUUUACUUAUCUAAAGAACUUAAAUGAAACACUGGUUCAUCCUUCAGAAAACAGCCUACUGAGUGCCCGGAAGAACUGCCAUGUAUGAAAUAUUUAUUUGAAUAGGA